AUGACAUCUGCGGGAGACGUGGACUGGUCGGAGAUGUGUUCCGAUGCCAUUCAAUUGAUUCUCGAAAUCUUAAGCUUUUCAGAUUUUCAUCGAGCAAGAACCGUUUGUUCAAAAUGGUACUCUGUUUCGAAAUCAUGCGUUGCAGGGUCACGGAAUAGGUCUCCAUGGCUGAUCCUUUUCCCGGAAAAGUCUUGCGUCUCGAAACCGUCCAAGAAGCUGUUCAAUAAGGUGUCUGACACAAAUUCUUGUAGGCUGUACAAUCCUGCAGAAGGAAAGACUUACAGGACACGAUAUCUCGGAGACAAAUUAUCCGAGAGCCGUUGCCUUGCGAGUUACGGUAACUGGAUACUUAUGCUGGAUCCGAGUCUCAAUUUCUACCUGUUAAACGUGUUUACCAUCGAGAGAAUCAAUCUUCCGUCUCUGUCACUCCGAUGUGAAGUGAGAUUCCAAAGAAAAGACGAUGGUGGGUUAUUCCUCGAACAAUCUUGGUUAGAUCGUGAGACGAUCAUCAACAGGUACAUCAAGACGGCUGUUUUGUGGGUUGAUGAGAAGACCAAGGAUUUUGUUGUUUGUUGGAUUUACAAUGAUCAGUACUUGUUCUCAUUCAAGAAAGGGGAUGAUUCUUGGUGGCACCUUGAAGGCACAAUGUGUUUAGCUAUGGCUUACAAGGACCAAAAGCUCUUUGUGUAUACCUAUGAUCAUCACAUCAAGAUUCUUGAUUACUCUGGUGACAUCCCGGAAGAGAUCACCGAAGCAAACCCGUAUUUGAAUCAUCCCUUUCGCUAUGAUCCGCAACUGUGGGAAUACGUUUGGAAGACGAGAUUAGCGAUCACGACUUCAGGAGAUAUUCUAAUCAUUUUGAGCUUAAAAAAAUGCUCUGGUAACGAAGUGGAACAUUUGUUCUAUAUCUUUAAGAUGAAUCCUCAAGCGGAAGAAUGGGAACGACUAGAUUCUUUGGGCAAAGAGAUGUUGCUUUUUGGUGAUGGGUUCACAUUGGCAUCAGCAGCAUCAGCUAAAGAAGAUAUUGAUGGAGGAGUCAUCUAUUUCCUUGCUGAUGAUGUUUGGCCGCCUCAGACCAAUCAAGACCCUCAAAGUAGUUCCGGUGCUUUUGAUCUUGCAACAACCAAAAUAAGAUGGACGCAACCUUACUAUUACUGGUCCAAAAUUCGCUGGUUUGUUCCAGGGAUCUGA